AUGAUGGACCGACUCAUUGAUCCUCUCUGCCAACUAGCUGCCAACCCAACGGCGCAGUCGCUUACUCUGGGGUUCAGUGCGGCUAUUCUGGGAAUAAUCACCACGAUGGUCACUUCCAGCAAAGACCAGUUCCGUGGAAUCGACCUCUUACAGGAGCUCAUAGACAUUGAAAACGCGAACAAGAAUCAGACACUUGCGAACUCGAAGUACGAAGAGAUGAUUGAGAUUUUCAGCGUCGUGCUGGCGUUGGGAGCACUUUUUUUUGCUGGGCUUUUUGUUCUGGUUGGCGUACUAUUUUGGCGAAUCAGAGCACAGAAAUGGCUGAUUAGUGACUGUCAGACCGAAAUGACAGACCUGAAGGCCACUCUGAACCAUUUCAUGGCCAAGGAGGACGAACUCUUCUACAACAUUUCCGUUCGGUUGCAGCAGGAAAGCGAUACCCUAAACGCAAACCUGAACACAGUGGUGAAGAACGGGAUGCUGCAGAUCGAGGAGAUGGUUGCAAAGUUUCAGACAAAGAUGAAGGCGUGUCGCCAGAACAUCAAGGGCGAACUGAACAAGUUUGACACCAUCAAGGAAGUUUCAGAAAAGACAGAGCAGAACCUCGGCAAGUUUGAGUCCUCUCUUUCCACCUACACGGCCAAAAUGCAGCGGCUUGAACAACAAUCCGCCAACCUCAAAAAGACGAUCGAUCAGUACGUCUCACAGGUGGACAUCAAGGCAGAGCUGAUGGACAAGGAGCACGAGCUCGCCAAGAUCCGGAUCUGCAAAUGCAACCUAAUGCUAACGAACUCCCAAAUUUUGCUGGAGAAGAUCCUAGGAAACAUGGACGGAGCCGCCGAAGUGAGCCUCAGCGACGUCCUGAAAGACCUGGAUCGCGACUUCUCUCUCGAUUCGGACACGUAUUUCAAGGCGUAUUGCGAGUCCACCGACCUGACGCUCGUGGACAUCAGCAAGAAGCUGGAAACGGUCCAAUCGACGCUGGGAGAGCACGAUGAAAGCAUCAAGAAGUCCCGCAGCAGCAUCGAGGACGUCAGGCGGGACAUGCGCGAAGAGCUGAGACAGUUCACUAGCAGAAACGAGCAAUGGAUCUACAACUGGAUUUCUGUUCUGUACGGCCUAUUCUCGUCCGACAUCGCCCAGCUGCAGAUCCAGCUGCUUGGGUUGGACGAUCUCGACUCGCUGCGCAAGCUGGAGGAGACAGGAGCGUAUCUGAAGGACGAGUGCGUGUUCAUUGAGAACUUUAUUUUCGAGUGCAAGAAACAGUGUUUCGGUCUGCUACGCGAGCUCAGUUUGCUGCUUUUCGAAUUUUACCUGCUCAAGACCGAGUACCUCAGCCAGAACCAGAUCCUCGAGGAAUGCGACACGCGGAUCGAAACCACCGUGGCGAGACUGUUUGAGUUAUUCCAGACCAGCUUGCAGAACUCGUCUAUGAGCCACAGAGACUCACAGAACCUGUCCACCACAAUUUGCAAGUUCCAGGAGAAACUAGUGGCGGACCUCAAGCUCACGUGCUCCAACUUCAACGUCAUUUUCAAGCAGAACAUCGAAGACUUCUUCAUCAUCUUCAAAACGCUCAAGGACAUGGACGAGCGUCUGCCCAGCGACGAGGACUCGUCCGUGCUGAUCAACAACCGCCACUCGUUUUCCGACGACGACGCAGUCACCAGCAACAGCUCUGACUCCUGGGGCCUGGACGACGCUUCCGCAUACAAGCCGCUGCGCUUGGUCGAGAAGAGGACCGUCUCGUGA